AUGGAAAAUAGUGAAAAAAUUGAUGUCAAGUCGUCACCAAUCGUUGAAUGUAACGAUGUGGGCGCAGAGUCGAUGGACGAUAAACAAAAAGGUCACAUUGAAGAUAUUCUAUAUUUGGAAACUAUUACUUUCACAGAGGCAGAAGAGCGUGAGGUUGUUAAAAAAAUAGAUCGAUUCCUAUUACCAUUUAUGUGUGCCAUCUUUUUUUCUCAGUAUUUGGACAAGCAGUCUCUUACUUAUGCUUCGGUAUUUGAUCUAAAAACAGACUUGAAAAUGGCAGGUCAUGAUUAUUCUUGGUGUACAACCAUGUUUUACUUAGGUCAGUUAGGUGCAAACUUUGUUUUCAUGUAUCUUAUGACUAAAAUUCCCAGAGCUCCCAUGACAGGUGCAUGUGUCGUUAUUUGGUCUGUCUGCUGCAUGUGCUUGGCGGCGCCAAACACUAAGCAGGGGUUUUGGGUAGGAAGACUAUUUCUGGGAUUGUUUGAAGCAGUCGUUUCACCUGCAUGCGUGCUUAUUACCUCCAAUUGGUACCGAAAGAGAGAGCAACCAUUGAGAACUGCAUGUUGGAUUUCGAUGAAUGCCUUAGCUCAAAUUGUGGGAAGUUUCUUGAUGUAUGGUAUUGGAAAAACAAAUAAGAGCAGUCUCGCCGAUUGGCGACUAAUGUUUUUGAUAUGUGGUAUAAUUUCUUUGGUCGCUGGAGUGGCUUUCUAUGCGUGUGUACCUUUAUCAGCGAAAACCGCGUGGUUUUUGAACAAAAGGGAGAAAGAAAUCGCUAUUAAGAGAUUAUUUGACGAUAGUGACAGAGUAGAAGGUACCACUUUUAACAGAGAGCAAUUAAAGGAAUGUCUCAAUUUUGAUUGGCUAUUUCUGACUUCUUUCGCAUUUGGAUUUUUAAUUUGUGUUCCAAGUGGUACUCUUGUCUUUCAAUCCUUAAUCCUGGCUGGAUUCGGAUAUGAUAAAUUUCAAAAUAUGGAGUAUGGCUCCCCCUCGGGAGCCGUUCAACUGAUGUUCGUAUGGAUUGGAGUUUUGCUUGUAAAGAUAUUCCCCAAAGAAAGAGCUCUCAUUUCAAUUCUCUUGGUAUGUGUGCCCUUGGUUGGAAAUAUCAUGCUUCUAUGUUUGAGUAGCUCUUCUGGCUGGUGGGUCAUUGUUGCAUCAUGGUUAGGCUCGGUGGCAACAUGUACGAUGACUAUUUUAUUGAGUUUAAUUUCCAGUAAUGUUAGAGGAGACACUAAGAAAUCUCUUUGUUCCAAUGCCUUUUUCGUGGGUUAUUGUGUAGCAAUCAUUAUCUAUCCUCAAUGGUGGACUGGUACCUAUCGUGGGGGACUGAUUGUCAAUGUUAUUAUGUGGAUCUUAUUGGAUAUUCUUCUAAUAUUCUACAGAUUCAAAGUUGUUUUCGAAAAUAAGAAGAGAAGAGAACUAAUAGAGAAAAAUGGAGCAGAGGAAACACAUGUUAACCAAGACGUGACGGAUAAACAAGAUAUCUUCCAUAAAUAUGUUCACUGA